AUGUUCUCUAAAAUGGUAUCCAAGCUGACAUCCCUGCAGCAGGAGCUCCUCAGCGCCCUGCUGGACUCAGGAGUUACCAAAGAUGUCCUGAUCCAGGCCCUGGAUGAUAUGGACCCGAACCCGCCGGGCUUUGGCGUAAAACUGGAGAGCAUUCCCAUGUCUCCUGCGCCCCCGAGCGCCAAGAUGAACGGAGGAGACGUCGACACGAAGCCCGUCUUCCACCAGCUCACCAACGGCCACAGCAAAGGGAAGCUGUCCGGAGACGAGGGCUCCGAGGACGGGGACGACUACGACACCCCGCCGAUACUGAAGGAGCUCCAGUCGCUCAACACGGAGGAGGCCAUCGAGCAGAGGGCGGAGGUGGAGCGCAUGUUGGCAGAGGAUCCAUGGCGCGCUGCCCGCAUGAUCAAAGGUUACAUGCAGCAGCACAACAUUCCCCAACGGGAGGUGGUGGACAUCACUGGCCUGAACCAGUCUCACCUCUCGCAGCACCUCAACAAAGGCACGCCCAUGAAAACACAGAAGCGAGCGGCUCUCUACACCUGGUAUGUCAGGAAACAGCGGGAAAUUCUCAGACAGUUCAACCAGGCAGUGCAAGGUUCUGGCAACAAUAUGACAGACAAAGGCAAUCAGGAUCCGGUGUUUUUUUUCCCAGAGUACAACCCGUCCAGUCAGGGCAUGGGUCAACCUGGUGACGAUGUAAGCAGUGAACCCUCCUGCAAGAAAAUGAGACGUAAUCGUUUCAAAUGGGGACCUGCGUCUCAGCAAAUCCUCUACCAGGCCUAUGAAAGACAGAAGAACCCCAGCAAAGAAGAAAGGGAAGCUCUAGUGGAGGAGUGCAACAGAGCUGAGUGUCUUCAGAGAGGAGUGUCGCCCUCCAAAGCUCAAGGCCUUGGCUCUAAUCUAGUCACUGAAGUUCGGGUCUACAACUGGUUUGCGAACCGACGUAAAGAGGAAGCCUUCAGACAGAAACUAGCCAUGGACGCUUACAGUACACCAACUCACAGCCUCAAUCCUCUGCUGUCACACAGCUCGCCACAUCAUCCCCAGACCAGCUCUUCACCUCCCAUGCGUUACAGUCAGGGCCCCGGUGAAGUCACCUCCUCCUCAACCAUCAGUCACCACAGUAGCAACGCCAUGGCGACCAGCCAGUCGGUGCUACAGCAGGUGUCUCCAGGAGGGUUGGACCCCAGUCACAGUCUACUGUCACCUGACGCCAAGAUGAUUUCAGGUUCAGGUGGUGGACUUCCUCCUGUGAGCACACUGACCAACAUCCACAGUUCCCAUCACAGCCAUCAGCAGACACAGAACCUCAUCAUGCCUCUAUCAGGAGUCAUGGCUAUUGCACAGAGUUUAAACACAUCACAGUCCCAGACAGUGCCAGUGAUCAACAGUGUGGCUGGCAGCCUAGCAGCGCUGCAGCCAGUGCAGUUCUCGCAGCAGCUCCACAGUCCUCACCAGCAGAGUCUGAUGCAACAGUCUCCGAGCCAUAUGAGCCAGCAGCCGUUCAUGGCAACAGUCACACACUCACACAUGUAUCCACACAAACAGGAACCUCCACAAUACUCCCACCCGUCACGUUUCCCCUCAGCGAUGGUGGUCACAGACGCCAACAGCAUCAGCACCCUCAGCUCCAUGUCCUCAAGCAAGACGGACGCUCCUGUAAACAAGAUGGUCCAACUUGGGGGUCUCUCCUGGUGUCCUCUUCAAGCUUGGUGA